UUUUCUUCCAUCCCGGCCCGGUCAACCUCUCAUCGCUCUCCUCUUCAUCUCUUCGUCUGAUCUUGCCGACCUUCAACGCCCUCGGACCAUUGCGAGACCGUUCCAAUCCCACCUGGACCUCGACGCGAAUUCCUCCAAGAACCCUCCUCCCCGGAACUAGCUGCUCGCAUUUCUUCUUCCACCUCGUUUUCGCCUUAGACCGUUACCAUCUCCACCGGUCCGCCUCAUUGAUUGUUUCUCGGUUUCUGCCCACAGUUUUUGAUUACCGACUGAACGCGUUACUUUCUUUUCUUUUUUCCCCCAACACUUGUUCAGCGUCACCGCGCCGGCUCCUUCGUGCACCCAAAUUAUUCGGCGAUAAACGUCCCUACACCAAUAUGUGUUUCGGGGCUCGAACAAAAGAUGACGGCGGUGGUGCUCGUUCGCGCGACCUCGACCGCAUGAUCCGACAAGAUGAGAAGCGCCUAUCGAAAGAAGUUAAGCUGUUGUUGCUGGGUGCCGGAGAAUCUGGAAAAUCCACUGUCCUCAAGCAAAUGAAGUUGAUUUACGCACAAGGUUUCAGCAAGAACGAAAAGCUCGAAUGGAAGCCGGUCGUGUUCAACAACAUUGUCCAAUCAUUCCGUUUGAUCCAAGAUGCCAUGACCGAGAUGGGAAUCGAGUUCAGCAACCCCGAAAAUGAGAAGCACAUGGCGCAUAUCCUGGUGGAACACGAGAUCAACGCCCAAGACCCUCUCCCGCGCGACUACCUGCAACCUGUCAAAGAACUCUGGGUCGAUAGUGGUGUCAAGCAGGCAAUAGCAAAGGGCAACGAGUUCGCCCUUCACGACAACCUGGCAUACUUCUGUGACGAUUUGGACCGCAUUUGGGAUGCGAGCUACGAACCCACAGACCAAGAUUUGUUACGAUCAAGACUGCGAACCACGGGAAUCACCGAAACGGUUUUCGACCUGGGUCAACUGACAUACCGCAUGUUCGACGUCGGUGGCCAACGUUCAGAACGGAAGAAGUGGAUCCACUGCUUCGAAAAUGUCAAUUGCUUGCUCUUCCUUGUCGCCAUCAGCGGAUACGAUCAAUGUUUGGUCGAGGACAAGGACGGCAACCAAAUGAACGAAGCGCUCAUGCUCUGGGAGUCGAUUGCCAACUCGCACUGGUUCACGAAGUCUGCCCUUAUCCUCUUUCUGAACAAGAUGGAUCUCUUCAAGGAGAAGCUCCCUAACAACCCAAUCACGUCGCACGGUUUCACGGAUUAUCACGGUCCCGCCGAAGACUGGAAGUCUGCCAGCAAGUACUUCUUGGACAAGUUCCGCGCCCUCAACCGAAACACCGAGAAGGAAAUUUACGGACAUUUCACGAACGCCACUGAUACGAACCUGCUCAAGAUCACGAUGGGCUCGGUCCAGGAUAUGAUUAUCCAGCGCAACCUCAAGCAGCUGAUACUAUAAGGCAGAGCCAGCGAUAUUGGGUCACCAGGUGGCCUAAGAUUAUCCUCAACCCCCCACCCCACGGCAUGGAUGAAACAUGCCAACUCUAAUCGAUACCCGCGGUCUUUCCGGCUUUCCUAAGCUCAUCACGGCCCCGCCCGGCGGCGCUAGUCAUUCACGACGAUUGCCACUUUGUCGUAUAUUUGCGAUUACACGCCUAGGCCUCCCGGUCGCGAUACAUCAGCGAGUCCAUUGCGGACGCCGGCACCGAUAUGGAUGUAUAUUACUCCACUUCCUUUGUGUCUAAUUUCUCGUCAUCUAUUGUUCAUAUGCCGGCGUUGGUCUGAACAGAGAGUUUGGCAAAAAAUUGUGGCUGGAUCACUCGGCUAUUUUUUUGCAUAUCAUCAUCAUUACAGCGGUCGUUGGUACCGCGCAGCCGAGGCCAGUAGAAGAGCAGUAAACAAACCACUGAGAGUGGUCCCAACUUGGAGCUUCAAGGUUGAGGCUCAAGAAAGGAAAGAAGGCGGAGCAGGUUGCGAAGGGGGGUUAGUAUGAGACGAAACGGGAGCGAGUGGAGAGAGAGGCCGAGCAGAAUUGGAUUCGCGUAACGAUGGAUUGAUACCUAAUCAAGUGUUUCAAAGCUUUGCCGCUCACAUUGGGGUUUUAGGGGAAAGACAUGUGUGUGGAUUUAUGCUGCGAGGCGGAAGCGCCGCGGGCUACAGAGCACGCAUCUAUCUCAUUUACAAGAGAAAAGGAAAGAAAUCAGAUAAAACAUGUUAAAAAUUCCGUCUGAUAACCGCCCAAUGCGUAUGCUCUAAAUAUGUGAAGGGAUCUUGUUCGAUGGAGUUUAUUUUCGGUCGAGCCUCCAAUGCCUGACACUCUUCGCAUUGAAGAAACAUCAGCCUCAAUUUUAAGCUUUCAUGUAGGAGUGGCAUAUCCGACCCGAGGAGUUGGGUUGGGACCAGACUGCAACGGUCAUUGAUACUACGUCGUGCUCUCACCGAUAACUGGCGUCCGGGAGAAUCGGACUGGGCUGGGCUUGUCAUGGUUUCGGAUUUUGUGAUACCCCAAACAUGAGCUUACAAAGAAGAUGUUUCACGCGGGGGAAGCAAGAGCUGAUUU